GCCCAUACCUCCCUAACACACAAUGGCCUCAGCGGCCCCGACCAAACGCGAAAUCCUCAUCGUCACAACGCUCCUCAUCAUCUUCCUUCUCUUCAGCAACCUCAAGACUUCACCCGCCGACUUGCUGGCUGCUACACGUCUCGUCUCCCGCCCUACAACUUUCGAUGAGGGUGGAGACGGCUCAGCAGUGCUAGUGGGCAAACCACCGAUACUGGACAUCCCCGAGCGGCCACAUCAACCCUUUGGAACGAGGCUGACUUGGGAUUCUGGCGCCUCGAGUGGGGGAGAUUCGGGAAAGGGAGGGAAGGCUGCUGGUGCAGGGAGUGGGAGACCACCAGAAACCAAGAUCGUUGCUCAUACCCCUGGAUGGACGAUAUUCGACCGACUGUACAUUCUCAAGGGCGUGGUGUAUAUCGUCUCGGACGAACCGACGUCUGUUCCCGAUGUUCAAUUUAUUUAUUCGAAAGGUCUUUACAUUCAGAACGGCGCCGCAGCUGAAGAGUCGCGGUUACCUACAGACAAGGAGAUCAGAGUCAUUAGCACAUACGAGGCUAAACGGUUAUUUGGAACGGGUGCCCAGGUUAUAGACGGUGUCAACUUCCUCAUCAACGACCCUCCCCAAUUCAUCACGCACUAUUACCACUGGUCAGCUGAACUGUGGUUCGGCUUCUGGCGCACUUACACCUCCCUCGACCCCUCCAUCCCCGAAAGCGGCAACACUACCUUGCCCCCAGCCCGCCGCCUCAUCUUCAACAACCUCGACAACUUCCAUUGGCGGGACUAUGCAUCCAUGAACGAAUGGGUCCUCCGCUCCUCCUUCCCUUCCGUCACCAUGGAAUUUAAAGACGACUGGAUCGACCGUGCAGAAAUGGCCCGCCCUUUUGUAUUUGAACGCGUCGUACUCGCCGACCGCUCCGCUGCGAUGCUUUCCUUCAACUUUGCACGGUGGCAGAGGACGGCGGCGUCGCCGUUUGGGUUACCUGGCAGUGUGAAUUGGUGGAUGCCGAUUAGGAAUAAUGUGGUGCAGUUUGCGGGAUUGGAUCCUAGCGUCGGAGGGGGCACGACAAGCACACCGGUUAUCACUUACAUCUCGAGGCAGAAGUGGGGUCGGAGGAUGCUGUUGCCAGAGGAUCAUGACAGGCUGGUCAGGGCCCUCGAGAGGUUGAACAGAGAAUAUGGGUACGAAGUGAAUAUUGUGAAUGCGGAAGAUAUGUCGAGGCAGGAACAGAUUAGGCUCGCUGCGAGGACGACGAUUAUGAUGGGUGUACAUGGGAAUGGUCUGACUUCGCUUAUCUGGAUGAAACCUUCACCUCGAGCGACAGUUAUGGAGUUUUUCUACCCUGGAGGCUUCGCUCACGAUUAUGAGUAUACCACCCGUGCUCUUGGUAUGAUCCACUAUGGAUUCUGGAACAACACACAUUUUACGAGUCCAGCACUUCCAACACCCAAAUACGUUCCUGGAUUCCAAGGAAAUGAGAUUCCUAUAGACGGAGACGCCGUGGCACGAUUAUGCGUAGAACGUCUCUCGCUAGUGAGCGAACUUGAUGAUUGAUGUCGUGGAGUGUACAUUCUUCUCUUCGGGCCCCACCACCACCUUCGUACUUCAUCCAAGACUGCAUUUUUAGAUCUUUUCCUCCUUUCUCUUUACACCCGGACAUUCGCAUGCAUCAACUGGACCAUCGUAUUGUAGCAUCUAUAUAUAUUUCGAGAAGCAAAACUGGAAAGUAGCGUAAUAAGUAACGACAAUGUGAUGGCGACAAGGGUCUCGUCGAGACCGCG